AUGCUGUGCCUCAGCUCCUUGUCAACGCUCCUCCUCCUGCUUCUCCUCUACACCCCUCCACUGUCUGCCCAGGAGGUGCUUGUUCGUCUGGCAGGCGAAGGCCAGCGCAAUCCAAAUGAGGGUCGGGUGGAGGUGUUCUACAAUGGCGCGUGGGGCACAGUGUGUGAUGACGAGGUAGAUCUUAACCUGGCCAAUGUGGUGUGCCGACAGAUGGGCUUUCAGCGCGGCUUGACCUGGGCGCACAGUGCCAAGUUUGGCGAAGGACAAGGUUUGAUCUGGUUGGACAAUGUGCGCUGCAUGGGCACAGAGGCCUCUAUCGCAGACUGUCGCUCCAAUGGUUGGGGAAUCAAUGACUGCUCUCACGCUGAGGACCUGGGGGUCAUUUGCAGCAAAGACAGGACACCAGGCUCCCCUGCUGUCUCCGUGCAGGAGGCUCCAUCAUCGUCCAGGCGCCAGCCAAGCCAGCAAAGACAGAGAAACCAACCACCACAGCAGCCACAGUCUGUGCCUCCCCCAGCCCAAAUCACCUCAUCCUCUGCAAGAGGCCAUGAGAUCGCCCUCCAUCGCAACCCAACAUCUCCCCGUCGCAGCAUCAUGUCGCCGCAGGAGAACGGACACGAGAUCCGGAUCUUUCAAAGGCCUCGAGGCAAUUCCAGACCAAGCCAGCAGACAAGCCAAGCUCUGCCACAAGGGCACCAGCUGCCUUCACGUCUGGCCAACGGCGCAAGUUACAGACAGAGACAGGAGACAGAGGGACAGGCAAACAGUCAGUCACAAACGCAGUCAGAGCGGAGGACUGACGGGCAUCAGCAGCUCAGUGGGAACCAUGUCGAACCAGAGCCUGUUCAUCCCGAUGUUGGACUGGAAACUGAUGUGUACUACACACAGGGGUCUGACAGGCUUCACUUAGAGGAGGCUCGCCUCCGGCCUGUGCUGGGGGGCAACCGUGGCAGCUUCGUGACAGAAGGAGUGCUGGAAGUGAAGCAUGCUGGGAGGUGGCGUCAUGUGUGUAACAGGGGCUGGGACCUGAGCAGCAGCCGUGUCGUCUGUGGCAUGUUAGGAUUCCCUGCCGCAGAAGCGUUUGACCAAAACGCCUACAGGAAACAGUGGGACUCUAAGCUAGCUGAUCCAUCAUCAAGGCUGAGGACCCAGAUCAGUAAGAAGGCCUACUGGGUGGAGAAGGUGCAGUGUCAGGGCGUGGAGGUCUCUCUGGCCAAGUGCCAGGCCCAGCUGUCCCUCCCCAGGAAUGAUGUCCCAUGCCGCGAUGGCAUGCACGCUGUGGUCCGCUGUGUCCCUGGAUCCCAGUUCACACGAUUUGGCAGAGCACCUGCACCACCUGCUGUGACGCCCGUCGUGCGUCUGAAGGCCGGGCCCCGGAUUGGGGAAGGCCGUGUUGAGGUGCUGAGGGAGGGGAAGUGGGGCACCGUGUGUGACCACCUCUGGGACAUCGCUGCAGCCACCGUGGUGUGCAGAGAGCUCGGCUUUGGGACGGCCAAAGAGGCGCUCACCAAGGCUCAGCUAGGACAGGGUACCGGCCCCAUCCACAUGAACAGUGUGCAGUGUACCGGCAGGGAGAAGUCGAUUACGGAGUGUACCUACAGACAGGUGCCACUUUACACCUGCAAGCACAACCAGGAUGUAGCGGUCCGCUGCAAUGUGCCCAACACUGGCAUGCAGACCACGGUGCGUCUGGCAGGAGGCAGAGAGCCUUCAGAGGGCCGCGUGGAGGUGCUAAUUGAGGUUGGAGGGUCGAAGCGUUGGGGCUCCAUCUGUAGUGAGAACUGGAGCAUCAACGAGGCCAUGGUGGUCUGUCGACAGCUUGGAUUGGGCUUCGCUUCAACAGCUCAUCAGGAGACCUGGUACUGGCCUGGUUCUUCGGAUGCUGCUGAGGUGGUUCUGAGUGGAGCUCACUGCAGCGGCACCGAGAUGUCCAUCCAGCAGUGUCGCAGAAACACCAAUGUCUACUGUCCCAGAGGAGGAGAGGGCAGGGCUGCAGGAGUCACAUGUGUAGAAACUGCUCCUGACCUCGUCCUGGAUGCUCAGCUUGUCCAGGAGACGGCUUACCUGGAGGACCGACCCCUCCACCUGCUGACCUGUGCUAAUGAGGAGAACUGCCUCUCCUCCUCUGCCGCCAGGAUGACCUGGCCCUACGGACACCGCCGCCUGCUACGCUUCUCCUCCCGAAUCAUGAACAUGGGCCGUGCCGACUUCCGACCCAAAGCCACUAGAGAAAGCUGGACAUGGCACCAGUGUCACAGGCACUACCACAGCAUUGAGGUGUUCACCCACUAUGACCUGCUGACGCUCAAUGGGACCAAGAUCGCUGAAGGUCACAAGGCCAGCUUCUGCCUAGAGGACACCUACUGCCCUGAAGGUAUCCAUAAACGGUACGCCUGCUAUAACAUGGGACAGCAGGGUAUCUCAGUCGGCUGCUGGGACACCUACCGCCACGAUAUCGACUGCCAGUGGAUCGAUAUUACAGACAUACGACCUGGUGAAUACAUCUUCCAGGUGGAGGUCAACCCGUCCUUAGACAUGGCUGAGUCUGAUUUCCAGAACAACGUGAUGCGCUGUCGGUGCAAGUAUGACGGAGCACGAGUUUACAUGUUUGGAUGCCACGCAGGCGAUGCUUACAGCGCCGAGGCGGAGGACUUGUUUGACCACCAACGUCAGAUCUCCAACAACUUCCUGUGA